UUAAACAAAUAAAUCGAGGUCACGUCUGUUAAUUCAUUAUCAAAAAAAGCCCUGAAUCACAAAGCCUAAAAAAAGCCCUAAACGUAUCUUCUUCUCUUUCAAAGAUCAAGAGAUCGCUGCAUACAGUUCCGUCUUCCAAGAUCUUCCUCCACAGCUACAGAUGGUGAUACCACCGGCAGUAAGACCACCACGUCUCUUCGACUACCUCAAACCUUACGUGCUGAAAAUGCACUUCACAAACAAGUUUGUUCACGCACAAGUCAUCCACUCACCAACAGCUACAGUAGCUUGCUCAGCUAGCUCGCAGGAGAAAGCACUGAGGGAAACAAUGGACAUCACACGCGACGUCGCUGCUGCUGCAAAGAUUGGUAAGAUUCUUGGGGAAAGACUCUUGAUGAAAGAUAUUCCAGCUAUUACUAUCCAGAUGAAGAAAGAGCAGAGGUAUCAUGGUAAAGUCAAGGCUGUCAUCGAUUCCGUAAGAGAAGCUGGCGUCAAGUUGCUUUGAGGAUUGUUCAAUAAUCUGAAUCAGUUUCAUGUUGUUAAUUCAGAACAUUGUCGUUUCUUUUUCCGGUUAAUGGGGGCAGAUUGCUUUAAAUCCAUGUUUCUUGCUUAAGGAGAAUUUUUUUUUCUAAGAUAAUGAAUGUUAUAACGUAUAAGCUUU